AUGGAGAAGAAAGUCAGAAUUCUGCAGGGCCUCCUUACUGCAGAUCAACAGACUCACACAGGGAAGAAACCAUUUAAAUGCAUGGAGUGUGGAAAGCAGUUCACUUACAGUGGAAAUCUUAGAAAACAUAAACGAAUUCACACAGGGGUUAAACCAUUUAAAUGUUUGGAGUGUGGAAAGAGCUUCAGUCAGAAUGGAAACCUAAGACAGCACCAACGAACUCACACAGGGGAGAAACCCUUUAAAUGCAUGGAAUGUGGAAAGAGCUUCGGUGAAAGUGGGACACUUAGAAAACAUCAACAGAUCCACACAGGGGAGAAACCAUUUAAAUGUAUGGAGUGCGGGAAGAGCUUCAUUGAAAGUGGGACACUUAGAAAACACCAGCGGACUCACACAGGGGAGAAACCAUUUAAUUGUACGGAGUGUGGAAAGAGCUUCAGUCAGAAGGGAAACCUUAGAGAACAUCAACGAACUCACACCGGGGAUAAACCAUUUAAAUGCAUGGAUUGUGGGAAAAGCUUCAUGUUUAGUUCAACAUUCAGACAACACCAACGGACUCACACAAGGGAAAAACCAUUGAAAUGUGGAAAGAACUUCCCUGAUACUGGAAAUAUUGGAGAACAUCAACAAACUCACACAGGGGGAAAACCAUUUAAAUGUAUGGAAUGUGGAAAGACCUUCAGUCAGAAAAGAAACCUUAGACAACACAAACAAACUCACAUGGGAAAGAAACCAUCCACAUAG